CACCAAAAACCUUCAUCCUUUAUAUAUUUACAUCUUUUCAGAACAGUCCAAACAUCCUUCUUUCCUCUCCCUCCAUUUUCCCUGUCCCUUUUUGUCUACAACCUUUCCUUUCCCCUCUCUCUCUCCAAUGGCACUUCUCCAUUCCCUAUUUGCUCUUCCCUUCCUUCUUCUUUCCCUUCAACUCCACACAUCCUCAUGUGCCCUCCUACUAAGCCUGAGGCACCACCACAACACUCUCCACCAGCAGAGGCCAAUGAUCCAUGCCAACCAAACCAACUGUGCACUGUUUGUGGGAACCUGGGUCCAAGAUGACUCUUACCCUCUCUACCAAUCCUCCAACUGCCCCAUCAUAGAUCCACAGUUCAACUGCAAAUUGUUUGGCCGCCCUGAUUCUGAUUACCUCAGAUACAGAUGGAGACCCCUCAACUGUGACCUCCCAAGGUUCAAUGGGGUGGAGUUUCUGCUACAAAUGAAGGGCAAAACUGUGAUGUUUGUAGGGGAUUCACUGGGGCGUAACCAAUGGCAGUCAUUGAUUUGUAUGAUAUAUGCUGCAGUUCCUCAGACACAGACACAAUUGGUCAGAGGGGAACCACUCUCAACCUUCAGAUUCUUGGACUACGGUGUGACCAUUUCAUUUUACAGGGCUCCUUAUUUGGUUGAGAUUGAUGUGGUCCAAGGAAAGAGAAUUUUGAGGCUGGAGGAGGUUGAUGGGAAUGGUGACGCAUGGAGAAGUGCAGAUGUGCUGUCUUUCAACACUGGACAUUGGUGGGAUCAUCAAGGCUCUCUUCAAGGGUGGGAUUAUAUGGAAUUAGGAGGCAAAUACUACCAAGAUAUGGAUCGUUUAGCAGCUUUGGAAAGGGGUAUAAAAACAUGGGCUAAUUGGGUGGACUCCAAUAUUGAUAGUAGCAGAACCAAAGUGUUCUUCCUGGGAAUUUCUCCUUCACAUACCAACCCAAAUGAAUGGAAUUCUGGAGUGACAGCAGGACUGACUACAAAGAACUGCUAUGGUGAAACUACUCCAAUUAUUAGCACUGGCACAGCAUACCCUGGUGUAUACCCUGAGCAAAUGAGGGUUGUGGACAUGGUUAUUAGAGAAAUGAGCAACCCUGCUUAUCUUCUUGACAUCACAAUGCUAUCAGCAUUUAGGAAGGAUGCACAUCCCUCCAUUUAUAGUGGUGAUUUGAAUCCUCAACAAAGAGCUAACCCUACCUACUCAGCUGAUUGCAGCCACUGGUGUCUUCCUGGAUUGCCAGAUACUUGGAAUGAACUAUUCUAUACUACCUUGUUCUAUUAAAUUUUGUGGUUUGCUUACUAAUUAACACACUUCCUCUUCACUGUUUUUAUGAGUAAUAUUAGGUAAUACAUUUAUUGAGAGGGUUGCAUGAUAUAGCUGCAACUGAUUCAUAUGUAAAGAUAUGCUAAUGAGAUGAAAUAUUUUUUUUUUAUUUUAAAAAAUUUAGGAAAGGAGGAUUAGGAUAGUUUCCAAUUCAAGGAAUGAGAAGUCUACCUUACCAAAUGUAACCUAUCAAUUAUGAAAGCUCUACUUGGGCAAUCCCUAGAGAUUAGAAAAGGAGUUUUCUUUGUUCUAUUAAUGUAAGCAGACAAUUUUAGUAUACAUUUCCAAAGUAAAAGAAAAAGUUUAAGUACA